AUGGAUACAUACUCACAGCAAAACACAGAAACCACCGUAUUAGGUGGGUGUGCCGGCCGAAUAAAAGAGCGUGCGAUUCCCCCUCGUGAGCUAGAAAAGACGGUGAAUCCUCUCCAGACCACGAGAGUCCACAGUCUCCUCGAGAUUCACGAAGCUGAUGAUGUGGCUGUGACCUGGAAGCGCUCACAUGAAGGUCACACUGUGGACCUGGAGGAGUCUGAGGUCCUUAAGUUUAGUGGCAGGAGUCUGACCCUCAGUGACCUAGAGGCAGACCUGACAGGGAACUACAGCUGCUGGAGCAGUGGACACCCACACACUCCACUCGACUACACCUAUGUACUUUUGGAUGUCUCCAGAGAUGUUACGGAAGCUCAGGAUAAUACCAUCAGCUGCUUCGCUGAGAACUACAGCUGUUCCUUUUUCUGUUUGUGGACUCAUCCACAGUUCAUUGCUUUCAGACUCCGCAACGAACGUGAUAACGGUAGCUGGGUGUCCAGCUCUCUGGGGGGGGUGUUCUCUCUUAGCCACACAACCAGUCCCUAUGCAGAGGAGUUGGAGCCAGUGAGAGUGACAGGGGAGGCCAUUUCUGCUGAACUUUACUUCAAAACCAGCAAGCAUUUUUACCUCCGAGACAUCAUCCGGCCUUCACAUCCUGAGGGUGUGUCCUGUAAAAGGAACGACAUGCAGCUGAAUGUGAGGGUGGAGCCUCCGUCUUCAUGGGCCACGCCCCGUAGUUACUACCCCCUGGAGCACGAGAUUCAGUAUCAAUACAGAGACAAUGGGAAGAAGGCUCAAGUGGUCCAGUCUGAGGGGAAGAUCUUGAUGGUUCCGUUGGGAAUCAGUAAGCUCCGGGUGCGCUGCAGAGACCCACUGGUGCCAUCCCAGUGGAGUGAGUGGACACCCUGGAAAAAUGUGCAGAAGAGAAGGGGAAAGGGGGGAAGAGAAAGAGUAUUAUGCAGAACUAAGAAACGCUCCCAAAAAGACAAAUCCACCCUGUGCGGUAUGCGGUAUGCAGUAUGCAGUAUGCGAUAUGCAGUGUGCGGUAUGCAGUGUGCAGUAUGCGGUAUGCAGUUUGCGGUAUGCGGUAUGCAGUGUGCGGUAUGCGGUGUGCGGUAUGCGGUGUGCAGUGUGCAGUAUGCGUGUGCGGUAUGCGGUAUGCGGUAUGCAGUGUGCAGUAUGCAGUGUGCGGUAUGCGGUGUGCGGUAUGCGGUAUGCAGUAUGCGUUUAGAGCUGUCUACUUGUGAUUGGAUCACCAAAAUUGGGUCUAAUGCAAGUUGUAAACAGGGCUACAAUGACUCUGACAUGACAGUAGACCCAGACUGA